AUGUUCUAUUACCAGGAGCUUUGUCAGUGUCGACCUGGUGAAGGAAAUUGUUCAUGUUGUAAGGAGUGUAUGCUUUGUCUGGGCACUCUUUGGGAUGAGUGCUGUGAUUGUGUUGGUAUGUGCAAUCCACGAAAUUACAGUGAUACACCUCCCACCUCAAAGAGCACUGUAGAAGAGCUUCAUGAACCAAUCCCAUCUCUGUUCCGUGCUCUAACAGAAGGAGGCACCCAGCUGAACUGGAACAUUGUUUCAUUCCCGGUGGCUGAAGAACUUUCCCAUCAUGAGAAUUUGGUCUCAUUUUUAGAAACUGUGAACCAACCACACCAUCAGAAUGUGUCUGUUCCUAGCAACAAUGUCCAUUCACCAUAUUCCAAUGAUAAAGAACACAUGUGUACUGUGGUAUAUUUUGAUGACUGUAUGUCAAUACAUCAGUGUAAAAUCUCUUGUGAAUCCAUGGGAGCAUCUAAAUAUCGCUGGUUUCAUAAUGCCUGUUGCGAAUGUAUUGGACCAGAAUGUAUCGACUAUGGCAGUAAAACUGUCAAAUGUAUGAAUUGCAUGUUUUGAAGAAGGAAAAGUUCUAUAAUAA